AGAGUUAAGAAGAGUACUGCGCACUAAACAGUACGUACCCCUUACUAUUGGCGUGUUUGCGUGUGUGUGUGUUUAUUGUUAUUAUUGUUGACUUGUGCACAGUAGAUCCUCACGUCAACUUUGCACUACGCACUCAGCAGCCGUUUUUCUUUCGCGACAGGAAACAGCAGCAUUUUCACGGCAGGGCGUUUCUGCUCGGGUUGGAUUCGUGUCAACGAAGUCGAAAGCCGCGUACUCUCAACGACUGCUAUUUUGCGUGGAGUACGUACGCAUUCCUCGUGUUGUUGCCACCCCUACAUGGGAGGCUGCUUCAAACGCUCCAUAAAUCCUACCUUCGAUAAAGUGCGAACAGAGAAACUCUUUUUUUUCCUUUCUGUUUCUUUGAAUUGAAGUGUGUACAACAUCUCCAUUCACUGCUUUUGUGAUAUUUUCAACUGACUUCAUUGACCAUAAGCGCACAUUCUUUUUUUUCUUUCUUUUUUUUCCGGACUCAAAAACAAAGGGGAAAAUAGCGUUCUUGAAAAGAGCAAUUUAGAGGGGCCCACAACAAAAACAGGGUUAUUCAUACACACACUCACACACACACACACACACACACAGCGCUCUCACGUCACUGUUUGCACGUACUCGGCGAGUGUUGGUGCUGCUGAGCGUACAGCAGACUUGUAUUCUUUCCCCCUCCCCUCCUCUUUAAGAGCUGACCAGAGACACGUUAGUGUAUUCACUCCAUUUUCCAGUAUGACAAGCGCUUUCCCAGAGUGGCAAGGAGAGGAGAUCGUGGAGGAUGUACCCGAGUUUCUGGACGGCAAAAAACGCGAGCUGCCGGCUGCUAUGGUGCGCCACCGCGGCCGUGUCCCACCGAAGAAAAGCGCACGGAACUCCGCGAGCCCGAAAGUCACCGUGGACAUCCAUACGUUCGAGUGCCAAGCCAUCGACGACGACCUCGCCACGGAGAGCCUCGGUGGGCCGUCUCCGCUGAACCUCGAAAUCGACCUUAGCAAGCCGGCGCACAAGGCACCGAACAACACCACCAUCACUGCCGCCGUUAGUUCUGCGCGCGUGAUGCGCGACGCCGCACCGGAGCGUGGUCCCGCGUUAAAGGCCGCGAGUAAUGGAACAAACGACUGCAGCGACAGCAGUACCCAGGCGAGCAGCAGCAACAGCAGUAAUCGACAGCGCCCACCGCCCACACGCACGCUUGGGCAGCUCCGCACUAACCCACGUCACGUCACUCUGCCCAGUGCGACAAUGUCGAAGUCGAUCAACGGCACACCGAAUCGCCUCUCGCCUUCGAUGAACGACGUGGACGAGCCGCCCCGUGCGUUGGCGGCCACGGUGGUACCGACGGAGGCUGCUGCCACUCUUCCCCCUCCACCAUCGCCGACAACGGCGACCACCACCACCACCUCAGCAACCAUCAAGCCCGCACAGACGCCUGUCACACACGCGUGGAGGCAUGUCAACAACAAGAAGUCGUCCUCGCCGUCGCUGGACAGCGAUUGCGAGAGCACCAGCGGCAUCAACUCCCCAACGGACUCGAGCCCCUCGAAAUCCGCGCUGCCGUUUUCAGCGCCGGCCGGACAGCACAUCCCGACCUCUCUUCGCGACGUGGUCCCCGUUGCUGCUGCCACUUCAGCGCCAGGGCAUCGUCAGAGCGUUCUCUCCCCUCGCAAGUCGUACUCCACCGAAGUCGCUGCACCACUCGCGGUGAAGCAGGACCUCCCUGCUUUAGCGACGGCACGGCAGCUCGACGCAGCACGACGGGUAGCACCAGUGAAGCCGUCGUUGUUGGCAGCCGCUGGCAGCGGGGCUGCUACUGCCACAGCACUUGCACCACAACCGGCCUCGCGCUCUCGCACGGUGUCGCAGGCAGAAGGCACAACCGCAUCCGUACCCUCUACCGGCAGCAGCGCUACGAAGACACGGGUGAACGCUACGGCGUCGUCAGGCAGAGCCACCGCGGUGUCACGAGAACUCUCGAGGUGCUCCACCAGACCAAGACCCGUCAACGAACCAGCGAAGCAGAUAGACUUGCCGACGCUACCGCUGAUGUCCACAAACACGCACAAGAGCAACAACACCAACUAUAGUGGCAAGGACAAGGUCAAUAACGGCGCUGGUGAUGGGCACGUGGGGGGCGAGGCCUCCCACAAGGACGUCGAGGUUCCGGUGAGUGAGCAGGAGCCGUCCACGGCGCGGCGGAGCACCCACACCGUCAACAGCAGUUUGAUGUCGUCGACCGGCUACUCCGUCCUUCGUGGCGCCUUCGACUCGCACGCCACCUUCGACUUCGGUGCCACCUUGCCAUCUGUCGCCGGUUUGAACGCGUCUCAAGGUCCAACAGUGAGCGGGGGCCGUGUGGCCUCUGCUCGGCCGCCCAAUAUGAUGGUGGUGAACGACGCCACCGCCCUGCGUGCGAGGACCUCUUUCGUACGGGCCGGCAGCAUCCAUCGAAAGCCGCAGACGAACGGCACAUCAGGACGUGACGGUCCGGUUCCGAGCACAUCCGCUAACGUAGCCGGAAGGCGGUCGUCCACUCCAGCGUCAAGGGCUGCGAGGUGCGCGUCUCACGACAGGAGUCCGAGCGCCAAGACGCCGGAGGGGGCCGAGGACGACAGCGAAGUGCACGACAAACACCGCAAGCGUGCCCCGCAAACCAAGCGAGAGCUGCGCCGACGUAACACUGAAUUUGAGAAGGUGUAG